AUGGAGCCUCUAAAGUUCAUCGGACGUUGUGUUUCGUUGUUUUUCGCGGCCAUCGUCCUUGAUAUCGUCGGUCUGGUUCUCCUCUUUAUCGGAAUAUUCGCCAACCUGCGCAUCGAAGGGCGCUUCUAUGGAGACUUUCUGAUCUACACCGGCUCCCUCAUCAUCUUCUUCAGCCUCGGGCCCUGGCUCAUGUGGUAUGUUGGGAACGUACAGGUGUCUGUGGAUGACGGUUCCAACAGAAGAAGUACGAUCGUGCGUCUGGCCAGGAAGUUGUCCGAGAGGCUGAGCCAGAAGCUGAAGGGAGAGGAGCGCGUCAAGUGCGUCCGAAAGAUCGAGGAAGAGGAGGACAGCAGCAGCAGCAAGGGGGACUCAUCGCCACACAAAGCCAGCAGGGUCACCUGGGGUAGAAAUACAGCCUACCACAAUGGAGGGUUCGACGGCAGUGUGGACAACCCAGAGGAGGAUAAAAAAGUGGAGGCAGAAAAACAAGAUUUUGACCUUAUAUGA